AUGAAACCCAAGGUCACGUCUGGACGCGUUCUAGUCACUGGAGGCGGAGGGACCAUUGGAAAACAUGUUGUACGACGGCUCCUAGCUGCCAGGACGCCUGUUACGAUUCUCGAUAGGAUCUUCUAUGAGGACGAGUUAGAACUCUCUACAUUAUCCCCUUCAGCCCCUUCUUUGCUUCAAGUCAACAUCGGUGAUAUACGUAAUACCUCAGCGCUCUCGUCGGCCUUCACAAAUGAUAUCUCAGGUGUUAUUCACCUGGCAGCAGUCUCCCGGGCGGAUUGGUGCACUGAGAGCCAGAAGGAUUGUUCUGACAUUAAUGAGCGCGGCACGCAAAUGGUUCUUGACGCGCUGAUUCAGCUUAAUACUCGCGAUCAGGGGAGGCGAUGGUUUAUCUUCGCAAGCUCAUUCGAUGUGUACCAUUACCUGAGUGAUCAGCCGAUGGAUGAGCGCACAAUGACUGCACCCGUUAAUGCUUAUGGCCAAACGAAGCUCGCAGCUGAGAAACUUAUGAUCCAGCGUCUCAUGGGAGGGACAACCCUGGCUGGACGUAUCCAUGCGGCUGCUUUGAGACUUUCAACAGUCUAUGGUGGCGCGUAUGAUCACCUCGACAGAUUAAUUCCUUCUAUUGUGACUCAGGCCAUCUCCAAUCAAGUCGUUCAGAUGUUUAGCGGAAACCAACAGCUUGAUCUGCUCCACAUUGAUGACUGUGUGGACGCCCUCCUCCUCACAAUUGAAUAUCUUUCCAGGUCACUCAAUAAAAAAUCCUGGUUUCCGACCCGCACCUCUUUCGAGAUUUUCAAUAUCGCCUCGGGUCGUUUGGUCUCCGUCGACAGGCUCGUUGACUCCCUCGUUGCUCUUACCCAUUCCAAAUCCCCGAUCCGUCGCAUUCCCCGGAACGAAACUGCUCUUGUCCCCUAUAAGGGAGCAAUCGAGAAGGCCCGGAGAAUCCUUGGAUUCCACCCCUUAGUUAACAUCGACACAGGAUUGUUACGACUCGUAAAGGCUUACCUGACCCGUAUAGAAUACUUUUUGCGUAAACGCAUGGAAGGCACGUGUGGCGAAGCAUCGCCUUCAAUCGCUAUCAAUGCCGAUCUUGAGAAAUUGCACGAUUGUCAUAUUCAUAUCGAGGUUAACAUCCAGGGGGAAUUUCAAUCCUUGAUGCCUCCGCCUCGGGACGACGAGCGGGGGUGGUCCACUGACACAAUAUUACCUCCCCCGUCAGCGCGGAUCUAUAAAGCUGGAGGAUGGACAAAGGAGAGACAAAUUUACAGCAUUCAAUCGCCAUACGAUGGGUGGUGGUUCGGUGUGACGCGUCCUGAUCCAGGACCGGUUCAGCUUCCUAGGAUAACGAAAGAACAGAUUGAUAGCAUUCUUCCUCAGCCGGUUGUGGAUUGGAGAAUAGAGGUCAACCCGGAUGACGACGUCACCCUUCGAUUUGUCGUCCCAGAUACGGAUCUAUAUCUGAUGAGUCCAACGGUUGUUGGAGGGAACUUUUCCAUCGUAUCUAAGAAGACUCGGGAUGAGUGGCCAUUUAGGAUUUCGCCCAUAUGUUGUGAGGGUCCUGCACCAUGGCCUUUCCUUCGUGAUGACCCGUUGGAUUAUUCCGUUGAGUUUCAGAGAUCAUCUUUAGAGCGACCAUUCUCUGCUUCUCCAUCGAGGGCUAUUUGCAAUCGCUUGGAACGAGCCUCAGACAAGGUGAAACGUGAAUUGGAGACUUUGUCAACUGAGAAGUUGAAGGAAUCCAAAGGUACUGGAAUGAGCAGGUUGCCUGUUGAGUGGGUGGACGCAGAUUUACCUGCCUGUUUAAAUGUCUGUGAUCACCCGACCAUUUGUGUGGAUACUGGAGAUUGUCAGUGUGUCCUGUCGAGUUGUCUUGCCAGGGAACGACGUCUUGUGCCAGCUGUCUCUGACCCAGCUUCCAUCUCGUUCCCUCUCUCUGGGCCGGGAGAAACCACUCUGGGUGAUAUGGUCAAACGCUCACGGUGGCAGAACGUCCUUCGACCUCUGGCUGCCAGUUUUGUUGCCGCCAACAUCCCCUUCCCUCGUGUCCACGCCGCGUCUCUCCCCGAAGUGGACCGUAUAUUCAACGAAGAACACCAGAUUCAUAAAAUUCAGAAUGCUCACUGUUUCUCUGCGGAUUCACAACUCGAACGGGCUGUCAGGCUGAUUGGAAUUGGAGCAGGAGAUGAUGCCGAGAUGACUUAUGUUCCUAAUUAUCAGACACGGAACGAUGAAAUUUUGAGGAGGUAUGACCACGCACUGAACACUGUGGAAGGAUUCGAUGCGUCGAGGGUUAUUGUUGUUUUGACGCAUGAUUGGGGAGUAUGCAUGCAUUUCGAGUGGGCAGUCUGGAAAAUGCGAGAAAAUAUCCCGAAUAUCAAACCGAUUUUCAGGCCAGCGACCCUUUGGAGCGUUAUGGCAGAUUUAAACACUGCGUGUUAUUGGCCGCAGCAGUAUAUCGUCAUACCACCCCGAAGUUGCAGCACUCCGAAACUUCUCAGGAACUUUUUAGACAUUGCCAAUGUCCGUCCCGCUCGUGAUCGUCGGGUUCUUGUGACGUUCUCCGGCAGUCUUUGGGGAACAGGUUUCGUAAAUCGUGUAAGGUUGGAGUGCAGGCGCGAGGGAUGGAGGUCGGGAGAGACGGAGAAAAGGCUGCACCCUAAUGGUCCAAAAUUGAGAAGUAUUUUUGGGAACACGGGGUCUUAUGAUUAUAUGGGCAUUCUUAACGAUACGAUCUUCUGUCCACAGCCUGCGGGGACUACUGGCUGGGCUACACGCUUGGUAGACAGCAUAUACGCAGGGUGUAUACCGAUUCUUGUGGGCCACAAGUCGCACUAUCCUUUCUUCGACAUGAUUGAUUGGGGGAAGAUCUCUGUACGGAUCGACGCCUCUGAACUAGAUCGACUUGAGGAUAUCCUUCUAUCUCGAUACACUUUGGAAGACAUCGAACGCCUUCAGGUGAACGUCAUGCUCGUCCGUGAUGCGUUCGUUUAUCCGCUGGAUGACGUGAGUGAUGACGUGGUGAAGGAGAUGAUGAUUAAAAACCGAGGGCCGCUUUGGUUCGCCCUUCAUUCGACGCGGAUGAGAAUGCUGACGCUGUUUCCGACCGAGACAUAGAAAUUGGCCACGGGAGCUAUGUGGAGCUCUGGUCGAAGUCCGUUUUUUUCACUGA